AAUCUCAUUAAAGAAGAAAUGAGCGUUUGCAGUUCCACACGCAAUGACUCGGACGAUAUGGACGAGCUGCAGACAGUUGGUUGGUACCACUACGAUUUGUCUCGACAUGCAGCUGAGGCUCUGCUCAUGUCCAACGGUAUAGAUGGAAGUUUUCUGCUCAGAAACAGUAACAAGGGACCUGAAUACUUUGCCCUCUCUGUAAGAGCAAAGGACUCGGUGAAACACUUUAAUGUGCAGAGGCACCACGGCAGGUAUUCCUUUGGAUUCAAUGAUUUCCCCUCUCUCCAGGAUUUCACCAGUCACCUAGCCAAUCAGCCUCUACUAGGGAGUGAGACAGGUAACCUGAUAGUGCUGCGGUUCCCGUACCCUCGGCAGGUGGAGGAGCCAUCCAUUUAUGAGUCUGUAUGUGUGCACACUGCUAUGCAGACGGGCCGGCGUGAAUGUGAUCUGGUUCUUAGUGCUCCAUCACUAGGAACAAAAGAAGGCUAUCUAGUGAAGCAAGGAGCUAUUGUAAAGAACUGGAAACAAAGAUGGUUCACCCUAAACAGAUAUGAGCUGAAGUACUUCAAAGACAGAAUGUUUUCUGAGCCUAUUCGGACCCUGAAUCUAACCGCAUGCUCAGCAGUUCAGUUUGAUUACAGUCAGGAGAGAGUGAACUGCUUUUGUCUAGUGUUCCCUGAGAGGACCUAUUAUCUGUGUGCAAAGUCUGGUGUAGAAGCUGAUGAAUGGAUUAAGAUAUUACGGUGGAAAUUGGCCCAGAUAAGAAAAGGAAGAUGAUGGUCCGAAUGGGGAGAAAAUAGAGGAGGAACAACUGACUGUGUAAACUGUGAAAACAGGAAUGAUAUAAUGAGAUGAGCUUAGCUAAGACUGAGGUUAGUAGCUGGUUAUGAUCUGCAUUUGUUUCCAUUGCCUCACUAAUCUGGUGUCAUAGUUAGCUGUGUGCCUGAUAAGUCUUGUGUGGUGUGCCAAUGAAGUAAAAUACAGACAUCAGAUAUAGAAAAAGAAGGAAGCAGUUAGAAAUGGUGGUUUUAAAAAGCAGUGUAAUAUAUAUGUGGUAAAGCUGUGUGGUGUCUGAAUCGCACUGUAGCGUUAAGUAAAAAUUUAUUGCAAUGCAGCAAAACACCAGAUGAAGAAAAUAUCAAAUUAUAAAUGUAUGAAUUUGAUCUGCUAGCCUGGUUAGUUUCUCAUUUAUAGGAAAGAAGGAAAAACUGUUAAAAGGCCUGAAACACAGACUUAAAAACUUUCACAACACAAUGCACACUGAACAUUUUGUUUCACUUCACACCCUGAACAGGACACCAAUCCAUCAUGGCACGUUGAACAUUUCUAAAUACACUUAGUAUUCAUUAAGCUGAAAAAAGUAGUAAACUAAAGGAUUUCAGACACCGACUUUAUAGUUUCUUUCCACCAUUAAAAAGACUUGAAAUCUGUUGGCCCUGUGUUUAUUACAAAUAAUAAUUGGCGUGUUCUUUUUUCUGCAUUGUCCAUGGUUUAGCUACACACGAGUGUAGAUCUGGAAAUCAGACGACUGACUGCUACUUGCCCCACUUUAAUUUUAUAGCAAAUAUGACAGGCAGGGUUACUAUAU